AAGGCACUUACUCACAUGAACCAUAUCUUGCUUAUACUAAAAAACCAAACAGUUAUCCGAUUCCUGAUAAUUAUGUUGUAGAAACAACUUACGGAAAAGAUGAAAAAACUGUCAAAUGCUCUAUUAGUUAUAUUAAUGAGAAACCUCGAUAUAAGAUAGAAUUUGGAGUAUUUGGAGAAGAGUGUGUAUAUUCAGAUUCUUCACCUUUAGCUGUAGUGAAUGCCUAUUUAAAAGCCUAUAAUGAAGCAAUUAUAAAUGAGAAAAAACAAAUUAAAGGCUUAGAUAAUAUCAAGAGCUUCAAUCGAGCUUUAGCAGCUAUAUGUCAAGACUUACCACGUGAAAAAACUAUUUAUAAAAGACUAUAUCAAAUAAAUAAUCUUAUGAAUAAAAGUAUUCUGAUUUCUUUAAUUGAUUUGAAUUUGGAUUUAUUACCUAAAGACCAACUAGAUAGUGAGCUUGAUGUACAUAUUAUGGAUUCAGAAAUUAUAGAAGAGGUUGAAAAUUCAUUAGGAAAAGGAAAUUGGGUCAUAGAUGAACUUCACUUAAUGUUGCGUAUUUAUGAUCGACUAUGGACACUUGUUUUAAGUGAAUUACGCAGUACAAAAUGUUUUACAGAUCAAAUAUGA